AUGGUCCCACGAUGCCAGGUUCAAGUAUUGUAUUUUGUAGAACGUGCUGAAAUAGCAGGAAUUCACUCAGAGACCAUUUCUGUGCCACAAGAAAUAAAAGCGUUGCAUCUUUGGAAUGAGAUAGAAACGCGACAUCCUGAAUUGGCUGAUAUUAGAAAUCAAGUGAUAUUUGCUGUUUGUCAAGAAUAUGUCAAGUUUGGAGAUCAACUCCUCCAGCUUCAAUCAGGAGAUGAAAUUGUCAUUAUCCCUCCCAUUAGUAGAGGGUAGUGCUUUUGAGCCACCUGGGAAAUAAAUGAAUGAAGUUGAAGAGAAAUCUAUAGAUAUAAUAAAAUUCACUGCAGACAAACUCUCAGUCAAUGAACUCUCACAGUUGGUGAUUUCUCCACUCUGUGGUACAAUAUCCCUAUUUGUAGGGACUACAAGAAAUAACUGUGAAGGGAAAAAAAUCAUAAGCUUAGAACAUGAAGCAUAUCUACCAAUGGCAGAAAAUGAAGUCAGAAAAAUUUGUAGUGAUAUUAGGCAGAAAUGGCCAGUCAAACACAUAGCAGUGUUCCAUAGACUUGGCUUAGUUCCAGUGUCAGAAGCAAGCAUUAUCAUUGCUAUAUCCUCAGCCCACAGGACUGCAUCCCUUGAAGCUGUGAGCUAUGCCAUUGAGACUUUAAAAGCCAAUGUACCCAUAUGGAAAAAGGAAAUGUAUGAAGAAUCAUCAUCAUCCUGGAAAAGAAACAAAGAAUGCUUUUGGGCAAUUGAUGAUUAAAUCAUGCAUUUUUUAGA